UUAUAACAUGCUUAAAUCUUUAAUUCUAGGUGUUAAUCUUUUCACAAAAUUAAUAUAUUUCAAAAAAUGUCCCAAAUGAAAAAUGUAAAUGCACUAAGAAAUAGGAAUCCGGUAUUUAUUUAUUGAACUUCAUUUGCAAAACAGGAAUAAAAACAUUUCCCAACAAGUGCAGUGAUGAAUCUCAUUACAUGUUGCUUUCUGUAAAUGUCAGACUGUAAUUGUGAUGUUGGGUGUAUGCAGCGAAACACAACAGAAUCAGUCGUGGUGGCUUGUGUUGGUUUAAAUCCCGAUUUAUUUUGCGAUAAAGGAUUAGUUAGCAUAAAACUCACUGAUGAGGAUGCUACAUGAAAUAAUUCUGAUCACGUGGUUGUGUGGUCUUACAGUGAUUGGUGUGGACAUGGACAAUGCGUCUGUGACACAGCGUGUUAGGGCGGGCGGGACCGUGGAGUUGAGAUGCACCGUGCAGAAUUUAGGAGACAAUACAGUUAUGUGGUUUGGGCCAGGUGGUGACCUUCUGUUUCUCGGCGAAAAAAGCGUCACCACGGACAGACGAUUUCAGUUAUACCGACCUUACCAGAGUUCUUGGUAUGUUGUCAUAAAAAAUGCCAAACUUGACGACAGUGGAGUCUAUCGGUGUAAGGUCCGUACCGAGGUCGUCGUAACCAAGGAAAUCACAUUAGAAGUUGAAUCUGCUCCCCGAAUCCUGCCGUCUAAGUCCAGUGAAGACCAGCGGGUCAAGGAGGGAGUGGAAGUGACCCUCACAUGCGGUGCCACAGGAUUUCCACCACCCAAAAUUGUGUGGCAUCUAUUGGCAGACUAUGAAGGUCCACCGCUACAGCUAGGGUUUGAGCCACAGCUGACGAUAUCGAAAAUCGGUAGAGAAAUGGCGGGCUUGUACAGAUGCAAGGCGUUUAAUGGAGUCGCACCAAAUGCUACCAGAAACAUAGAAGUGAACGUGGAAUAUCCCCCUACAAUUAUUGUUGACAUUCCGGAUAUAUCACAGGAAAAAGGUCAAAGUGCAAAGUUAGAGUGUAUUGUGUCAAGUCACCCCCAGGGUCAUCACUACUGGAUGAAGGACGAGAAAAGUCUGGUUAAAAACUGGAAUUACGAUCCUCAAAAUAGUCGCCAUAACUCGACCACUACAAGCAUGGAACUCUACAUCAAGCAGGCGGAGCCACCGUCGGUAUUCGGGGUUUACUAUUGUCUGUCGGAGAAUGAAUAUGGAAGGUCGGUUGGCAAUAUCACGUUAUACGAGAUCAGCAAAUCCACUGCUAAAUCGACCUCUGGUGCAGAUAACAGCGGUGUCAUCAGACUUACCCCCACCGGUAAUUCACUAUUCAUAGUAACUGUAACUGUGUUUCUGGUGUUCUGAAAAUGUUAACAAUUACAGAGAGUGAGAGAGAGAGUACCGUAAGUUAUUGAUAUUCAUCAUUGGCGUACUAUGAACUAUUGGCACGAAAGUUUAUCAGUCGAAACCAUAUGCAAGAAAUAUUUUCUUCCACUUACUAAGCAAGUACUAAUAAAUGUCCAAUACUAAUCAUUUUUUAAGAUCAUUAUGACUAUGUUGAAAUAAAUGUGGGUGUGUAUUUAUCGAA